AUGUCUGAUUCACAAGCUGGUGCUCCAGAUCGCACGCAUGCGGCCUUCUUCUACGGCACGUUGAUGGCUGCAGAGGUGUUCUUCACCGUGUGCUACCGAGCUUCUACCGAGAGCGUGCCGUUUCUGAAAAGCCUCCAUAACUUUCAACCAGCGAUUCUCCAUGGAUAUUGUCGUCGACGAAUCAAGCACGCAGAAUACCCCGGCAUCACACCCGACCCAGAGCACGAGAUUAGAGGCGUGUACGUGACGGGACUGACCGAUGCAAACAUGUACCACCUCGAUCAAUUCGAGGGAAUGGAGUACGAUCGCGAGAAGGUCAAGAUACGCCUACUGUCUGAGGUUGGUGACAGCAAGGGACAAGGCAACAUCGAGGGCAAAGAGGUCGAAUGCGAGGUCUAUGUCUUCAAUCAGCCGGAAAAACUGGAGGAUCGCGAGUGGGAUUUCGAGGAGUUCCGGACGGAGAAGAUGAAGCGGUGGACCCGAGAAGACUACGGUUUUGAGGAUAGCGAUCACUUCUCUCCCCAGCGGGUUGACGCCGACGAGAAAGAAGCUGAUGUCUGUAAGAUGAUGAAGGACGUCACUGUCGAGGGAAGGCGUCCUCGAUUCCGUCCGAACGCCGCCACCAUCAUAUACGACGUGCAACAUUAG